CACGCAGGCUAUUUACAAUUACGGAUUAUAUCUGAAAGAGUGUUCAACUUGCGCUAGAGUCCAGUUUAAUUUCUGGUUUCUCGGACGAAUGAACUAUCUACGAGGUGGUGCCUGGUGAAGUUAAUAAAAAUUCCUUUGCUCAAAUUCUUUUUCACCUUCCCCCCGUCUUGUGCCUAAAGUUAAAUAUUAAGUGAAGAAAAAUCUACUAAAAAGAAAAUAAAACCCCCUUCGACGGAAUCGUCAUCCAAUACAUAGGAAUCCGCGAGCAAAUUGAGCGUUAAGUGAGUCUGUUUCUUUUCCAAGAGGUCAAUGAAGCGAAGAGAUGGUGAUCGUAACACGAGGUGACUACAUCUGGAUCGAACCCGUGACUGGGAGGGAAUUCGAUGUAGCAAUUGGUGCUCGAGUUAUCUCAGCUGAGGGACGAAGGAUUCAAGUGAGGGAUGACGAUGGGCACGAGCAAUGGCUUACGCCGGAGAGGCGUAUUAAAGCAAUGCACGCAUCAUCGGUGCAAGGAGUGGAAGAUAUGAUAUCCCUUGGAGAUCUCCAUGAGGCGGGAAUUCUCAGAAAUUUACUCAUUCGCUACAAUGACAAUCUUAUUUAUACCUAUACAGGAUCAAUCCUGGUAGCCGUAAACCCAUAUCAAAUACUUCCCAUCUACACCGCUGAUCAAAUAAAACUCUACAAGGAGCGGAAGAUCGGUGAAUUACCCCCACAUAUUUUCGCAAUAGGCGACAAUGCGUACGCACACAUGAGGCGCUACCGCCAGGAUCAAUGCAUUGUGAUUUCCGGGGAAUCGGGUGCAGGAAAGACUGAGAGCACCAAGCUCAUUCUGCAGUAUCUGGCGGCCAUCAGUGGAAAGCACUCGUGGAUUGAGCAACAAAUUCUCGAAGCAAAUCCCAUCCUCGAAGCCUUUGGGAAUGCCAAAACAAUUAGGAAUGACAAUUCCUCGCGUUUUGGCAAAUACAUUGAUAUCCACUUCAGCAAUAGCGGGGUUAUUGAGGGGGCAAAAAUUGAGCAAUACUUGCUGGAAAAAUCUCGAAUUGUAUCUCAAAGUCCCGAUGAGAGAAACUACCACGUGUUCUACUGCCUUCUAGCUGGGUUGUCCUACGAGGAGAAAAGGAAGCUUGAACUGGGUGAUCCGAAGGACUACAAAUACCUUACUGGUGGGAAUAGCAUAACGUGCGAAGGGCGAGAGGAUGCAGCUGAAUUUGCUGAUAUUCGUUCAGCAAUGAAAGUUCUCCUUUUCUCUGAUAGCGAAAUUUGGGACAUUCUCAAACUCCUAGCGGCUCUUCUUCAUUGUGGAAAUAUAAAAUACAAAGCCACCGUCAUAGAUAAUCUCGAUGCCACGGAAAUAACGGAAAAUAUAAAUGUAGAGAGGGUGGCAAAUCUCUUGGGGCUGCCAGUUCAGCCACUAAUAGAUGCCCUCACGCGAAAAACCCUCUUUGCGCACGGAGAAACAGUCGUAUCAACCCUUUCCCGGGAACAGUCUGUCGAUGUGCGAGAUGCAUUCGUAAAGGGUAUCUACGGACGCCUAUUCAUCCUUAUUGUGAGAAAGAUCAACAGCGCCAUUUAUCGACCACGAGCCUCAUCGAGAAAUUCCAUUGGAGUUCUCGAUAUUUUUGGUUUUGAAAAUUUCGAUCAAAACAGCUUCGAACAGUUCUGCAUUAACUACGCCAAUGAGAAUUUGCAGCAAUUCUUUGUGCAGCACAUCUUCAAGCUUGAACAAGAGGAAUACAAUCACGAGGGGAUCAAUUGGCAGCACAUUGAAUUUGUGGAUAAUCAGGAUGCUCUAGAUUUAAUUGCAAUCAAACAGUUGAACAUCAUGGCAUUAAUUGAUGAGGAAGCAAAGUUCCCAAAAGGAACUGAUCAAACAAUGCUGGCUAAAUUGCAUAAAACACAUGGUUCACAUAAGAACUAUUUGAAGCCCAAGAGCGACAUUAAUACGAGUUUUGGGCUCAAUCACUUUGCUGGUGUUGUCUUUUACGACACAAGGGGUUUCCUGGAGAAGAAUAGGGAUACAUUUAGUGCAGAUCUACUGCAACUUAUUAGCAUAUCGAAUAAUAAAUUCCUUCAGCUUGUCUUUGCGGAGGAUAUAGGGAUGGGGGCUGAGACAAGGAAGCGAACCCCAACACUGUCGACACAAUUCAAGAAGAGUCUGGAUUCUCUCAUGAAAACCCUCUGCAGUUGCCAGCCAUUUUUCAUACGGUGCAUCAAGCCAAAUGAAUCCAAGAAGCCAAUGAUGUUUGAUCGUGGGCUCUGCUGUCGGCAACUACGGUAUUCCGGUAUGAUGGAAACCAUCCGUAUUCGACGUGCAGGCUACCCCAUUCGGCAUGGUUUUCGGGAGUUUGUUGAGCGCUACAGAUUCCUCAUAUCUGGCGUUCCGCCAGCACAUAGGACAGACUGCUGCUUGGCCACAUCGAGAAUCUGCGCAGCUGUUCUGGGAAAGUCCGACUACCAGCUGGGUCACACGAAGGUCUUCCUCAAAGAUGCUCAUGAUCUGUUUCUCGAACAAGAACGCGAUCGUGUGCUAACGCGCAAAAUUCUCAUCCUACAGCGCUCAAUCCGUGGUUGGGUGUACCGAAGACGUUUUCUGCGUAUGAAAGCAGCUGCGAUUGUUAUCCAAAAAUACUGGAAGGCCCAUUCGCAGAGGAAGAGAUUUGUCAAGAUGAAAGUUGGCUACAUGAGACUUCAGGCUCUUAUUCGAUCGCGUGUUUUGAGUCAUCGCUUCCGUCACCUCAGAGGUCACAUUGUUGGCCUUCAGGCCCAUGCUAGGGGGUACUUGGUGCGUAGGGAGUACGGUCAUAAGAUGUGGGCCAUUGUUAAGAUACAAUCGCACGUGCGCAAGAUGAUUGCAGUGAGGAAAUAUAGGAAACUAAGGGAAGAAUAUCGCCGCUACAACGAGGCUCUACGCCUCAGAAAGAUCGAGGAGCAAGAACUCAAGCAUCAAGGCAAUAAGAGGGCCAAGGAGAUUGCUGAACAACACUACAGAGAUCGUCUCAAUGAAAUGGAGCGCAAGGAGAUGGAGAUUGAAAUGGAGGAACGUCGUCGCGUUGAAGUGAAGAAAAAUAUAAUCAAUGAUGCUGCCCGAAAGGCCGAUGAACCCGUGGAUGAUAGCAAACUCGUGGAGGCAAUGUUUGACUUCCUUCCCGAUUCAAGCAGUGAAGCACCAACUCCACACGGUGGCCGUGAGACGUCAGUAUUCAAUGAUUUGCCAUCGGUUCACUUGGAUCACCAAGAGGAGAUUAUUGGUCCAAUGCAUCAAAUAUCAGAGGAUGAGGAAGAUUUGUCGGAGUUCAAGUUCCAGAAAUUCGCAGCUACGUACUUCCAAGGCAAUGUCACUCAUCAAUAUUCACGAAAACCCCUCAAACACCCCCUUUUGCCGCUUCAUACGCAAGGUGAUCAAUUGGCAGCUCAGGCACUUUGGGUAACAAUUCUCAGAUUUACUGGAGAUCUCCCUGAGCCACGGUAUCACACCAUGGAUCGCGAUAAUACGUCCGUUAUGUCUAAAGUCACCGCCACAUUGGGUAGAAACUUCAUUCGUAGCAAGGAAUUCCAGGAAGCACAGAUGAUGGGACUCGAUCCCGAGACAUUCCUCAAGCAGAAACCUCGAUCUAUACGCCAUAAACUUGUUUCCCUAACACUGAAACGGAAGAAUAAGCUUGGUGAAGAUGUACGUCGUCGUCUGCAGGAUGAAGAAUAUACAGCCGAUAGCUAUCAGUCAUGGCUCGAAUCACGCCCCACUUCAAAUCUCGAGAAACUCCACUUCAUCAUAGGUCAUGGUAUACUAAGAGCUGAACUCAGGGAUGAGAUCUAUUGUCAAAUAUGCAAGGAGCUCACGAAUAAUCCGUCCAAAUCUUCUCAUGCCCGUGGAUGGAUCCUUCUAUCACUCUGCGUUGGGUGCUUUGCCCCAUCGGAGAAGUUCGUCAACUACCUGAGGGCCUUUAUUCGUGAAGGACCCCCAGGAUAUGCGCCAUACUGUGAGGAUCGUCUCAAGAGAACAUUCAACAAUGGCACACGCAACCAACCCCCCUCAUGGCUUGAACUUCAAGCCACCAAAUCUAAAAAACCCAUCAUGCUACCGAUCACUUUCAUGGACGGCAACACUAAAACUCUCCUAGCAGACUCCGCUACAACAGCCAGGGAACUAUGCAAUCAACUAUCGGAGAAAAUUCAGCUAAAAGAUCAAUUUGGAUUCUCCCUCUACAUUGCACUGUUUGACAAAGUUUCUUCAUUGGGAAGCGGCGGGGAUCAUGUGAUGGAUGCCAUCUCACAGUGCGAACAGUACGCUAAGGAACAAGGUGCUCAGGAGCGUAAUGCGCCGUGGCGUUUAUUUUUCCGAAAAGAAAUCUUUGCACCCUGGCACAAUCCCACUGAAGAUCAAGUUGCUACGAAUCUCAUCUACCAGCAAGUUGUACGUGGUGUAAAAUUCGGAGAGUAUCGCUGCGACAAGGAGGAAGAUCUAGCUAUGAUUGCAGCUCAGCAGUACUACAUCGAAUAUGGCAAUGAUAUGUCCAUGGAACGCUUAUUUACACUCCUUCCCAAUUUCAUUCCUGAUUACUGUCUCACGGGAGUUGAGAAAGCCAUGGAUCGUUGGGCUGCUCUUGUUCUGCAGGCCUACAAGAGAAGCUACUACCUAAAGGACAAAGUGCCGACGCUUAAAGUGAAAGAGGACAUUGUCAGCUAUGCCAAGUACAAGUGGCCCUUGCUCUUCUCAAGAUUCUACGAGGCAUACAGAAAUUCCGGUCCGAAUCUCCCCAAGAAUGAUGUCAUUAUAGCAGUUAACUGGACAGGCGUUUAUGUUGUGGAUGAUCAGGAGCAAGUCCUUUUGGAACUUUCCUUCCCCGAAAUAACAUCCGUUGCCAGCCAAAAGACCAACAAAGUCUUCACUCAGACCUUCAGUUUAUCCACAGUUAGAGGAGAAGAAUUCACAUUCCAAAGUCCCAAUGCUGAGGACAUACGGGAUCUUGUUGUGUACUUUUUGGAAGGACUUAAAAAGAGGUCUAAAUUCGUGAUUUCUGUGCAAGACUACAAGAGUCCCGGGGAGGGUACGAGUUUCCUAUCAUUCCUAAAAGGUGAUCUAAUUAUUCUUGAAGAAGACAGCACAGGAGAGACAGUGUUGAACAAUGGUUGGUGCAUUGGACGAUGCGAGAGAACACAGGAGCGAGGAGAUUUCCCUGCAGAAACUGUCUAUGUUUUGCCAACACUCACAAAGCCACCAAAUGAUAUUUUGGCUCUAUUCAGCGUGGAAGAUGCUCAUCAUGGAAGACGCUUGAGCACGGUAUCCAAUGGUGGUACUGAACCACGUGAUCGUCCGCAUAAUUUAGCCGAAUAUGCAUUGGAUCACUUCAGACCACCCCCCAAGAGGACAAUGUCUAAAACACUCACGCUAAGCUCCAAGCGAAAUAAUGAAGAAUUGUGGCGAUACUCAAGAGAGCCUCUUAAGCAGCCAUUGCUGAAGAAAUUGUUGCUGAAGGAAGAACUUGCAGAAGAGGCGUGCUUUGCUUUCUCGGCCAUUCUCAAGUAUAUGGGAGAUCUCCCGUCGAAACGUCCCCGCAUUGGUAAUGAAAUAACCGAUCACAUCUUCGAUGGGCCGUUGAAGCAUGAAAUACUUAGGGAUGAAAUCUUCUGCCAACUCAUGAAGCAACUUACAGACAAUCGAAAUAGAAUCUCCGAGGAGCGUGGUUGGGAACUAAUGUGGCUCGCUAGUGGACUCUUUGCAUGCAGUCAGGGUCUACUGAAGGAGCUCACACUCUUCUUGCGUUCCCGGCGGCAUCCAAUCUCUCAGGAUUGCCUCCAUCGUUUGCAGAAAACCAUUAGGAAUGGGCAGCGCAAGUACCCACCGCAUCAGGUGGAAGUUGAGGCAAUUCAGCAUAAGACAACACAAAUCUUUCACAAAGUCUACUUCCCCGAUGACACAGAUGAAGCAUUUGAGGUGGAUUCCUCGACACGCGCCAAGGAUUUCUGCCACAAUAUCUCUCAACGUCUCAAUCUACGCUCAGCCGAGGGCUUUAGUUUGUUCGUUAAGAUUGCCGAUAAAGUAAUAUCCGUCCCUGAGGGGGAUUUCUUCUUUGACUUUGUGCGUCAUCUUACGGAUUGGAUUAAGAAAGCCAGACCAACACGCGACGGGACAAAUCCCCAAUUCACAUAUCAAGUGUUCUUCAUGAAGAAACUCUGGACCAACACUGUACCCGGGAAGGAUAGAAAUGCCGACCUUAUCUUCCACUAUCAUCAGGAGCUACCGAAAUUGCUGCGAGGAUAUCAUAAGUGUGCCAAGGAUGAAGCAGCUAAAUUAGCAGCACUUGUCUAUCGCGUGCGAUUCGGGGAGAGCAAACAGGAGCUCCAAGCUAUUCCUCAAAUGCUUCGUGAACUUGUACCGUCGGAUCUAAUUAAACUGCAAAGCAGCAAUGAUUGGAAACGUUUAAUUGUGGCGGCAUACAAUCAGGAUGGAGGAAUGAGUCCCGAAGAUGCAAAAAUAACAUUCCUCAAAAUAGUCUACAGAUGGCCAACUUUUGGAUCUGCCUUCUUCGAAGUUAAACAAACUACUGAACCCAAUUACCCUGAAAUGCUCUUAAUUGCCAUCAAUAAACACGGAGUCAGUCUUAUUCAUCCGCAAUCAAAGGACAUUCUUGUUACUCAUCCCUUUACGCGGAUCUCAAACUGGUCAUCGGGCAAUACGUACUUCCACAUGACGAUUGGUAAUUUGGUACGCGGAUCGAAGCUUCUUUGCGAAACAUCUCUUGGCUACAAGAUGGAUGAUCUUCUAACUUCCUACAUAUCUCUAAUGCUCACAAAUAUGAAUAAGCAGAGGACAGUGCGGAUGAACUAAGUGGCACACACAGCAUUGAUUUCAACCCCCUUUUAGUUUUUUUACAAGAUAUUUAAUUAGCCAGUGCGCGGUACUUAAUAAGGAGAAUAUUCUACAAGAUUUAAUUAAUUGCAUUAUUUAUUCAAAUUGUGGAUUUUUUGCAGUCCCAAAAUUUAUGAAUGAGAAGAAAAUCUGUCAAUUGAUAUGUGUUUGUCGUAUCAAAAGGAAUCACAUUGCAUAAUUUUUUCUUCAUAGCUUUUAGUCAAGUUAUUAUUAAUAACAACGUGUCCUGUCCCCUUUUCUUCCAAUGUAUUUUUAUUGAUUUUUUUUGAAUGAUAUUCUGGAUUGUAAUUUGUAUUUCGUUAUGUUUUAUACAUAAUGAUGAAGCAUAUUUAUGUACUUCGUUAUAUAUAAAAGAUCACAUUUUAAAAUAAAAAUUUUAAUUCUUUAUAAAAAUAAAA